GCGCCUGUUCCCAUCCCCACAGGCCCUUGGCAGGCUGGCCCUCAGCCCCGGGCAGACGCCGUCCUGUGAGCUACGUGCAAGCAUGCGUGAUCACCUAGGGGCCGGGUGCACCUGCCCGCUGCUCCUGGCUGUGAUCCUGGAGACUCCAAUGCUCACCGGGGCGCUGCCACCUGUUGAGCUGAUUUGCUGCCUCCUGUGCCCAGGGCUGCCAGGGCGUUAGCAUGAAGAGGGGUGCCUUUGACUGCAAAGCAGGGGAAGGAGCCAUGCAGUAGGAGGAGCUGCUUCUGGAAGGGAGAAGCAGCCCCCAGCCGCCAGCAACAGCAGCCCUGCUCAGGCCCAGCACAGCUCCGAGGAGCCCUAAGCCGUCCACGAUUCUGUGCUGUGACAAACCGUUGAGGUCUGCCGUCCUGAGCCCCGCCAUGGAGGAGGGCCACGAGCUGGACCUCACCUACAUUACGGAGCGCAUCAUCGCAGUGUCCUUCCCCGCCGGCUGCUCUGAGGAGUCCUACCUGCGCGCCCUGCAGGAGGUCACACGCAUGCUCAGGUCCAAGCACGGGGACAACUACCUGGUGUUAAACCUUUCAGAAAAGAGAUAUGACCUUACAAAGCUGAACCCAAAGAUCAUGGACGUGGGCUGGCCGGAGCUGCACGCGCCGCCCCUGGAUAAGAUGUGCACCAUAUGCAAGGCGCAGGAGUCCUGGCUGAACAGCGACCCCCAGCACGUGGUCGUCAUCCACUGCAGGGGUGGGACAGGACGCAUUGGAGUGGUCAUAUCAUCCUACAUGCACUUCACCAAUGUCUCGGCCAGUGCCGACCAGGCCCUCGACAGAUUUGCAAUGAAGAAGUUUUACGAUGACAAAGUUUCAGCUUUGAUGCAGCCAUCUCAGAAACGGUACGUUCAGUUCCUGAGUGGACUCCUGUGUGGAUCGGUGAAGAUGAACGCCUCGCCCUUGUUCCUGCAUUUUGUCAUCCUCCAUGGCACCCCCAACUUUGACACCGGUGGAGUGUGCCGGCCCUUUCUGAAGCUCUACCAAGCCAUGCAGCCCGUGUACACGUCGGGGAUCUACAAUGUUGGCCCCGAGAACCCCAGCAGGAUCUGCAUUGCCAUAGAACCAGCCCAGCUGCUGAAGGGGGACGUCAUGGUAAAAUGCUACCACAAGAAAUACCGCUCGGCCACCCGUGAUGUCAUCUUCCGCCUGCAGUUUCACACCGGGGCUGUGCAGGGCUACGGGCUGGUGUUUGGGAAGGAGGAGCUGGACAACGCCAGCAAAGAUGACCGUUUCCCUGACUAUGGGAAGGUUGAGUUAGUCUUCUCUUCCACGCCUGAGAAGGUUCAAGGGUCUGAACAUUUGCACGGCAACCACGGAGUGAUCGUGGACUACAACACGGCCGACCCGUUGAUCCGCUGGGACUCGUAUGAGAACCUCAGUGCAGAUGGAGAAGUGCUGCACACACAGGGCCCUGUCGACGGCAGCCUUUACGCUAAGGUGAGGAAGAAAAGCUGCUCGGACCCUGGCAUCCCAGGUGGCCCCCAGGCUGUCCCGGCCACCAGCAGCCCAGACCACAGUGACCACACCCUGUCCGUGAGCAGUGACUCUGGCCACUCGACUGCCUCGGUCAGGACUGACAAGACCGAGGAGCGACUGGCUCCAGGAGCCAAGAGAGGCCUGAGCGCCCAGGAGAAGGCGGAGCUGGACCAGCUGCUCAGCGGCUUCGGCCUGGAAGACUCCGGGACUGCUCUCAAGGACAUGACUGAUGCUCGCACCAAGUAUAGCGGGACACGCCACAUAGUGCCAGCCCAGGUCCAUGUGAAUGGAGAUGCCGUCGUGAAGGACCGGGAGACGGAUAUUCUAGACGAUGAGAUGCCCCAUCACGACCUGCACAGUGUGGACAGCCUCGGGACUCUGUCCUCCUCAGACGGGCCGCAGUCAGGCCACCUGGGCCCCUUCACCUGCCACAAGAGCAGCCAGAACUCCCUUCUGUCUGACGGUUUUGGCAGCACUGUUGGUGAGGACCAGCAGGGUGCCCUUGCUGCAGAUCUGGGCCUUGGCAUGGAUCCCCUCUAUGAGCGGGAGCGGGCUUUCGGGAGCCGAGAGCCCAAGCAGCCCCAACCCCUGCUGAGGAAGCCAUCGGUGUCCGCCCAGACGCAGGCCUACGGGCCAAACAGCUAUUCCACGCAGACCUGGGUGCGGCAGCAGCAGAUGGUGGUGGCCCAUCAGUACAGCUUCACCCCUGACGGGGAGGCCAGGCUCAUUAGCCGCGGCCCAGGGGACAAUUCAGGGCUCGUCCAAGCCCAGCCCAGGGUACCAGUCACCCCCACCCGGGGGGCCAGCAGCAGAGUGGCUGUUCAGAGGGGUGUAGGCAGUGGGCCACAUCCUCCAGACACUUCUCAGGCCUCUCCUGGCAAAACCUUCAAACCCAGGUUCCCAGACGAGCAAGUCAUGAAUGGAGCCGGCCCGGAGCUGAGCGCAGGUCCCUCCCCAGGCUCACCCACCCUGGACAUCGACCAGUCCAUUGAGCAGCUCAACAGGCUGAUCCUGGAGCUGGACCCCACCUUUGAGCCUGUCCCCACCCACAUGAGCACCCUGGGUAGCCAGGCCAAUGGCUCUGCAUCUCCGGACAGCAUAGGAGGUGGGCUGAGGGCGAGCAGCCGGCUUCCCAACACAGGAGAGGGCCCUGGCAGGGCCCCUGGGCGGCAAGGCUCCUUGGCUAAUGAGCAACUGGGUGGAAGACUGAGGAAGCUGAGCCUUGGGCAGUAUGACAACGAUGCUGGCAGGCAGCUGUCCUUCCCCAAAUGUGGAUGGGGAAAGGCCAGUGUGGACCAAGCCCCGGCGCCUUUCUCCUCUCCAGCUGAUGUCAAAGAGACAAUGACGGCUGCAUAUCCCCCAGACCUCGAUGUGAUCGAUGGCAGAACUUUAAAUAGCAAGGAGUCCAUGUGUUCCAUGCCUGCGUUUCCUGUGUCUCCAGAAACACCAUAUGUGAAAACGCCGCCGCGUUAUCCUCCAUUCAGCCCACCCGAGCCCCAAGUGAGCAGCCCAGCCAGUCUGCACAAGGGAGGCCUUGAAGCACGAGGCUCCCCUGAGACUCUCGGCCACGCGGUGGGGAUGUCCGACAGCCCUGUUGGACCCAAGUCCACCAUGCUUCGGGCCGACGUGUCCACCCCGUCUUCCUUUCAGCAGGCGUUUGCAUCUUCCUGCACAAUUUCAAGCAAUGGUCCUGGCCAGAGGAGAGAGAGCCCAUCAGCAGCAGAUCGCCAGUGGGUGGAGAGCAGCCCCAAACCCACCAUCUCCCUGCUGGGGAGCAGCCGGCCCACAGGAAGUCCCCUCGGUGCUGAGUUCUCUGGCCCUGGCAAGGACUCCCCAGUGCUGUCCUGUUUCCCGCCAUCAGAACUCCAGGCCUCUUUCCACAGCCAUGAUCUGUCCCUGACGGAGCCACCGGACACUCUGGCUCCCCCAGGCAGCCAGGCCUUCCUGGGCUUCAGCACCGCCCCUGGAGGAAGUGGCCUUCCCCCCGAGGAGGACCUAGGAGCCUUGCUGGCCAAUUCCCAUGGCACGUCACCAGCCCCUGGUGUCCCGCUGACAGCGGCAGGGACUGCUGACAAUGGCUUCCUGUCCCACAACUUUCUCACGGUGGUGCCUGGACAUGGCAGCCACCACAGUCCAGGCCUGCAGGGUCAGGGGGUAACCCUGCCCGGGCAGCCACCCCUCCCUGAGAAGAAGCGGGCCUCAGAAGGGGACCGCUCUCUGGGCUCCGUCUCCCCCUCCUCCAGCGGCUUCUCCAGCCCCCACAGCGGGAGCACCAUCAGCAUCCCCUUCCCCAACGUGCUGCCGGACUUCUGCAGGGCCUCAGAGGCAGCCUCCUCGCCUUCGCCAGAUAGUCCGGGUGAUAAACUUGUGAUGGUGAAAUUUGUUCAAGACACUUCCAAAUUCUGGUACAAGGCGGAUAUUUCAAGAGAACAAGCCAUUGCCAUGUUAAAGGACAAGGAGCCUGGAUCGUUCAUCGUUCGCGAUAGUCACUCCUUCCGAGGGGCCUACGGCCUGGCCAUGAAGGUGGCCACCCCGCCCCCUUCUGUCUUGCAGAUGAACAAGAAAGCUGGAGAUUUGGCCAAUGAACUUGUUCGGCACUUUUUGAUCGAGUGUACCCCGAAGGGAGUGAGGUUGAAAGGGUGCUCGAAUGAACCCUAUUUCGGGAGCCUGACGGCUUUGGUAUGUCAGCAUUCCAUCACACCCUUGGCCUUGCCCUGCAAACUGCUCAUUCCGGAAAGAGAUCCAAUGGAGGAAAUAGCAGAAAAUUCUCCCCAGACAGCAGCCAAUUCUGCUGCUGAGCUUUUGAAGCAGGGGGCAGCCUGCAACGUGUGGUACCUGAAUUCCGUGGAGAUGGAGUCCCUCACUGGCCACCAGGCGGUCCAGAAGGCCCUGAGCAUCACCCUGGUCCAGGAGCCACCCCCCAUGUCCACGGUCGUGCACUUCAAGGUUUCAGCCCAGGGGAUCACCCUGACAGACAAUCAGAGGAAGCUGUUCUUCCGGAGGCAUUACCCUGUGAACAGUGUGAUUUUUUGUGCCUUGGAUCCACAAGACAGGAAGUGGAUCAAAGAUGGGCCUCCCUCAAAAGUCUUUGGAUUCGUGGCCCGGAAGCAGGGCAGCACCACAGACAAUGUGUGCCACCUGUUUGCUGAGCAUGACCCCGAGCAGCCUGCCAGUGCCAUUGUCAACUUUGUGUCAAAGGUCAUGAUCGGCUCCCCAAAGAAGAUUUGAAAGCCCCGCUCACAGCCGGGACCUGCCGAUGCCUCUGAGGCCCUGGAGACAGCAGUGGGGGGAGAGCAGACCCCUACUUUGUUCCAAACUGAUAAUCCUGACAUUCCAGGCCUGGGAGGGGAAUGAGGACCUUCCUGCUCUACAGAAAUAAGAUCAAACAACCUCACCGUGGAUUUGCCUUUCCUGAAAGUGACUUCUGCUCCAGCAAUACCUCUGCAGACAAAUGCUUUUUGGGUAGGAGAAGCUGGGCAUGGGUGUGCCCAUCCAGGGUCCACGUGGGAAGGGGGCAGGCAAGGGAACAGCACAGAGCACAUGGCGGUCCCCACAUUCCUGGCACGACAGCAUUUUGGGCGAUGAAGAGUGCCUACCCCUCAAGGCAGAGUGCCGAGUGACCACUGGAACUUCCCCCAUCUGCCCGUGCACUCCUGUCCAGCAGACGCCCAAGACAAUUGGCCUCUCUCACCUUGGUCUUCCUGAGAUGGAGAUACUAAUGAAGCUGAGAAGGGGGUACAUGUCUGACAAAGGUUUGUGCAGGUCCAGCCCUUCUGGAACACAGCAGUUCUCAAAGGAGGCGCCAUGGGGACGAGGGUGGUGGAAGCCACUGGCAUCGUGGGAAAAGCAUCCCAUUUCAGAGACCCCACCUGGCGUGCCUUGACCACCCCACUCCUCCUACUCAAUGAGUGGCCAACUGGGCCAGAGAGAGCUCAUGAGGACUUCAAGAGGAAAAUGAGAAGGAAUUAAAGAUAUCAUUUCUAGAUAAUUUAUAUUUUACUUAUGCCGAAUUAUUUAUGGUAACAGUUUGCCAUUGCUAUACUGUUCCAGUGUCAAAUGCUGCAGCCUGCCAAGCUGUGAUCUUAGGAGGCUCGUCCGUGUGUUGGACACACCACAGGCUUGUGGCUGCAGAAGGCGUCCUGGCUGUGGAGGUGAUGUUGUUGAGUCCCCUGCUGCAAAGCCACCCAUGGGGGCUAUGCCUCAAGCAGCCUGCCCCUACACUGCGCCCACUGUCUGGUGUUCAUUCCCUGGUUGCAGAUGGCUUCCCUGACGAUGGGAAUGUCCAAGAGGCAAGGGAAACGCCUGGGUUCAUGCCCAUAGCCCCUGCCUCGGCUUGUUACGGGCCAUCUGCUGGCCCCACAGAGCACAUGCUAAAGCACUGCCAGCCCGUGCCAGCUCCCACCUCGCUGCUCCUUGACACCACUGGCUCUCCGGUGGGGGCAUCCAGGCGGGAUGAUGUUAGCCGAAGGCAGGGCAAGGAGGCAGAGGAGGAAUCCUGACACUGACGCACUAUUUUUUUGAGUGCCACUGUUCUGCCACUGUUUUAGCCACCAAACUGAGUGUUAUUUUAUGUUUAUGUGAACAUUCCAAUGGCAUGGUUUUCCACCUGAAUCUGUCUGUGGUCAGAGGUUGGGGAGAGUGCAGUGACCCUAGAACUUCCCAGUGAGAGGUGAGGCUGGGCCGUGUCAGGAUAGAGCCUGGACCUCCUUCCUUACAGACCCAGGAGCUCUAAGAGGACUCUCUGCCUCUCCCAAGUGUGCCACCCUGAGGUUCCCACUCGCCUCUGCUUUCAAAAGUCGAGUCUCAGCUGCUUCAGCCACCUCCGUAUUGCAGGCUACAGUCACCACCCUGAACUGUGGAAACGUGCUUUGUGAACUUUCUGUUUUAAGGUAACAAGCAGAACUGGGCCUCGCGAAAUCACAGUGGCAUGUGUGUGUGUGAGUGAAGGCAGGUGGAUCAUUGUGUGUGUGUGUGUACGUGUGUAUGUCUGAGGGGAAAGGCAGGUGAACCAUUUUGUGUGUGUGUGUGUCUGUGAAGUCAGGUGGUUUGCUUGUGUGUGUGUCAGAGUGUGAAGGCAGGUGGACCAUUCCACUGUUUAGCUCCUAUUGAUGCACCAGACGUAAGUGCCUCAUUUCCGUGCCAAAUGUUUGCCUUGGUCUUUGCCGACCUCCUUCCCUGCCGCGCACUGGCUGACACCGAGAAUGUGCUGGCAUUCCAUAGAAGCCCUGGCGUCUUUAGCAGAGGCUGCCAGCAUUUCAGUUUUUCAUCCACUGCAGGAAAACAGCUGAGGGGAGCAGAGGUCUGUGCUUCCCCAAGAAGUGCCUCAUCCCAAGAUAGUUGGGCCCAGAGGGUGCAGGCCGGGUCUCUUACCCUUCUGAAGAAGGGUGGGAGGGCUUGAAAGAUCACGCGCAGUAUCAAGAAGCAUAACCUGCCCAGUGAAUCGCAGAGACUUCAGACGCCCCACGGCCCACGGUGGUCUUGUGAGCAUUCAAGAAGCCACAAAAACUUCCUUUGGAACUGACUGAUCAGGUGUGAUUUUUACUCAAGGUGAAAGUGGUCAAGGGCAUCGGGGAAUUUGUCCUGAGCAGAUAGCCCCCUCUGAGGAACCAAAGGAAGCAAAUGUCCAUGGUUCUGAAGAACCGAUAUGAGAGGUUUCUUUCUUCCUUGUAUGUUACGUGUGCAUUAAACAGAACAAGGCAAGUCUGUGUCAUCACAGACAGUAUGCAGGCUCAGAACCUAGCGAGCCCCCACAGCCGGUGCUGGCUCAGGAACAGGUGGGAGAAGGAAUGUUUCCCAGGCGUUGCCUUGGGGCUCCAUGGGGGCAGCCACAGGCUGUCCGUGGGGUACCUGCAGCAAGUUCACAGCAACUGUGCCCAACAUAUAGUAUAGCCAGGGUCCACUAACCUGUUCAGUCAGCGUAUUGUUGUAUUCCUCCAGUGUUAAGCUAUAACCACUUUCAAAGUCACACUGCAUUUAUCCUUGUAAUGUCUUCUUAUUUGCCUUACUUGCUAGUGCAUAUUUUUACUUUUCUGAUAUUGUAAAAAAAUAUAUCCAGUAUGUAAAUGAAUGUUCUAUAAAUCCUUUGUAUAGUCAUUUUCUCCGCUCUUUAAAUAUCAUCUCUAUUCAGAGUAUAAUAAAAUGAUGAACUUGGUAA